AACACCUGGUUUAGCGGCAGAGACUCAGAGAGGGCGAGCAGUCCCUCUGGCCGUCAGGCCUUCACUCUAACAUGGAGUGUAUUUCACAUGAAAGCUCCUGACAUCUCUCCAAGAUAAAAAAAUCUACCCACCAUCAGAAAAUAUGUCGCUACACAUGGUAACAGUCGGUAAUAACCUAGCCUUAAUUCAACCAGGCUUCUCACUGAUGACUUUUGAUGGGCAGGUUUUCUUCUUCGGCCAAAAAGGCUGGCCCAAGAGGUCCUGCCCCACUGGAGUUUUCCAUUUUGAUAUAAAGCAUAACAACCUCAAACUGAAGCCCACAGCUUUCUCUAAGGAUUCCUGCUACCUUCCUCCUCUCCGCUACCCAGCCACUUGCACCUUCAAAGGCAGCUCAGAGUCUGAAAAGCAUCAAUACAUCAUCCACGGAGGGAAAACACCAAACAAUGAGCUUUCGGAUAAGAUUUAUGUCAUGUCUGUUGUUUGCAAGAACAGCAAAAAAGUUACUUUUCGCUGCACGGAGAAAGACUUGGUAGGAGAUGUUCCUGAAGCCAGAUAUGGUCAUUCCAUUGAUGUGGUGUAUAGUCGAGGGAAAAGUAUAGGUGUUCUCUUUGGAGGACGGUCCUACAUCCCUUCCACCCAAAGAACCACAGAAAAAUGGAAUAGCGUAGCUGACUGCCUGCCCCAUGUUUUCUUGGUGGAUUUUGAAUUUGGGUGCUCUACAUCAUACAUUCAUCCAGAACUUCAGGAUGGGCUAUCUUUUCACGUCUCCAUUGCCAGAAAUGAUACCAUUUAUAUUUUAGGAGGACAUUCACUUGCCAAUAACAUCCGCCCUGCCAACCUAUACAGAAUAAGGGUUGAUCUCCCCCUGGGUAGUCCAGCAGUGAACUGCACCGUCUUGCCAGGAGGAAUCUCUGUCUCCAGUGCAAUUCUGACUCAAACAAACAAGGAUGAAUAUGUUAUUGUUGGUGGCUAUCAGUUUGAAAAUCAAAAAAGAAUGGUCUGCAACAUUGUCUCUUUUGAGGACAACAAGAUAGAAAUUCGUGAGAUGGAGACCCCAGAUUGGACCCCAGAUAUUAAGCACAGCAAGAUAUGGUUUGGAAGUAACAUGGGAAAUGGAGCCAUUUUCCUUGGCAUACCAGGAGACAAUAAGCAGGCUCUUUCAGAAGCAUUCUAUUUCUAUAUAUUGAAAUGUGCUGAAGACGAUUUGAAUGAAGACCAGAAAACAUUAACAAACAGUCAGACAUCAACAGAAGACCCAGGGGACUCCACUCCCUUUGAAGACUCAGAAGAAUUUUGUUUCAGUGCAGAAGCAAAUAGUUUUGAUGGUGAUGAUGAAUUUGACACUUAUAAUGAAGAUGAUGAGGAAGAUGAGUCUGAGACGGGCUACUGGAUUACAUGCUGCCCUACUUGUGAUGUGGAUAUCAACACUUGGGUACCAUUUUAUUCAACUGAGCUCAACAAACCUGCCAUGAUCUACUGCUCUCAUGGAGAUGGGCACUGGGUCCAUGCCCAGUGCAUGGAUCUGGCAGAACGCACGCUCAUCCAUCUGUCAGAAGGAAGCAACAAGUAUUACUGCAAGGAGCAUGUGGAGAUAGCAAGAGCACUGCAAACCCCGAAAAGAGUCCUACCCUUAAAAAAGCCUCCACUGAAAUUGCUCCACAAAAAAGGUUCUGGGAAAAUUUUGACUCCUGCCAAGAAAUCCUUUCUUAGAAGGUUGUUUGAUUAG